CAGACCCAGCAGGUAGACAGUAUUGGAGCCAGGAUGCAAAUCUCUCAUUAUUGGGCCCCUAAAGGCCAACCUCCCGCUGAUAAGAAGCUACUUAGUCUGGUACCCCAGGAGGCCCAAGAAGGAGCUUGGUCAGGGUCCCAAGAAAGACCAGAAAAGGGAGGAACCUAGCUGGUAUGGCUUAUAGAAUGGGAUUCACAGCUUCUAUCAAGGGUUUUGAGAAGUGGCAGUUUUCAGAUGGUGAGUAAAUGUAAUCAUGUUGCUGACAGGAACUGAGUUUCUUAUUUUUCGUCAGCAACUCAAGAAAGGACACUCUGAAUCUCCUACUUCCUAGAAGUCCCGGCAUCCUUUUCCAUAGCCUCUGCUUCCAGCUUCUACCCCACCCCCACACUCCAUACUCUGAGAGAGAGCGAUUUGCAGCUGCUUCUUUCCUACCCCACCCCCAGCCUACCUCUACCCCAGCCGCUCCUGUCACCAACAGCAGACAGAGAAAUAGGCGUUUUCUAGUCCCUCCCCCACCCUUUACUUUUUCCGGGUACCCGCGAGUCAGUUGGGGAAAGGCAGCUUUAACCCCGGCUGAUAGUCUGUGGUCUGUGUCUGUCUCCUGGAUGAGUUCUGCUGGGAGAUGGAGCACAGCAGGUUUCUCUCUGGCCUGAUACUGGCUGCCCUUCUCUCCCAAGUGAAUCCUGGCGGUCUAAAACUGACGGAAAUAGAGGACAAAGUAAUUUUGAAAUGCAAUUCCAGCAUCACAGUGCUACAAGGAACAGCAGGACAGGAGCUGUCAGGCAAUAAAAGUCUGGACUUAGGAAAACGUAUCCAGGACCCAAGAGGAAUGUAUCAGUGCGGCAGUGAAAACGCCAAAUCUACUCUGCAAGUAUACUUUCGAAUGUGCCAGAACUGUGUGGAGCUGGACUCGGCCACCCUGGCAGGCAUCGUCAUCACUGACAUCAUUGCCACUGUACUCCUUGCUUUGGGUGUCUACUGCUUUGCUGGACAUGAGACUGGAAGAUUCUCCAGGGCUGCUGACACUCAAGUUCUGAUGGGGAAUGACCAGCUCUAUCAGCCCCUUCGAGAACGCAAUGAUGCUCAGUACAGCCGUCUUGGUGAUAAGUGGGCUCGGAACAAAUGAACCUGAGGCUGGUGGCUUCUAGGCACAUCAGUUAUCAACUGGACCAUCUCUCCUUGCUCAGUCAAGAAAGAUGUCCUCCUCUGCUUAGCAGGUGCCUGGAUUUUUGAAGGUUCCUGGGCAUGGCAUGGCAGUGCUGCCCACCUGUGUCCUUCCUUCAUGACUUCCGUCCUCUGCCCGCCAUGGACUGUGUGAUGGGUGACCUCUCACCAUACCCUGGCCCAUUGGUGUUUCUGUCCCACUGGUGGGCUCCCUGGAUGCAGGACCAGCCUGCUGCACUCUCUUGGCUCCAGUCCCCUGUUACAAUCCUUCUACAGCUUUGACUUCCUCACCACAGGCGAGGGUGGGCUGCUGUCUUUAUGUACACAGCCACAAAGAAGUUUCCAUGACAUCACAAGCGGAGGUAGCAGAGACAUCGAGGGCCCUGGGGAAUCACUUCUAAUCAAGGCUCUGAGAAUGUGUAGGACAAAGUCCCGCUUCUGCUAAGUGGCUGGCCCUGGCUUUAUGAUCCCUGUGGACUGGUAGGCACCAACUAUACGGAGGUUUCAGUCAAGGCCUCUUUAGUACCCAUUUCCCUGUAUAGAAGGUACCAUUCUGUUUUCUUUCCCCAGAACCUGUCCCUGCUCCGCCCUGCCUUCUGCAUAAUAAACUGGCAUCAGAACCUCUUCA